AUGGAGAACCUGCUUUCCAGAAUGAACACCUUUCCAUGGAAGAUGACAGCCGAUCAAUUUAUUGAACACGCCAAAAAACUAAUGGAAGAAAAUGAAAAUGCCAAAAAAGCUGAUUCUGCUUCUUCGUCUCAAACGAACUCGAUUCCAUCCUUGCCACCAGUUCCGCUGAACUCUCCAAUCGUUGAGUACUCGUCCGUGCUAGGACCACUUCAAUGCUCAACUUCAUCGUACCCAGGAGUUCCGAUGAAUUCUCCAAUUGCUGCGCUACCAUCAAUUCCGACGCCUUCUAUCAACUAUUCACUUCUUCUGGAAGCAAUGGAGUACUGCAACACCCGUCCGAUCUACCUAGACCAGCUAAUUAUUCACCAAUGGAGACAAGGAAAACGAGAGAAGCAUGGAAUUCUCCAGGCAGAAUGGACGUUGCGGUACAAGAUUCUCCAAGUGGAGCAAGAUGAUCAAGUCAAAUAA